AUGUAUAAUGAGAAGAAGGAAAACGUCAGCAUAACUGCGGUGGUACCUGGGGAAAUUAAAGAGUUCUCACUGCCAAUAGACAAAGCAGAGUCGAUUCUCCUGAAGCUGACAGGCCCCUUCAUGGCCAAGAAUGAUGAGAGGCGGUUGAACUCCUCCGCGUUACGGGACUACGAGAAACUUGAAGUUUGGCUGGAAGUAGUCAAUAACAAUGUCACCGAGAGGUCGCAAUUCUCAACUGACACUGGCCUCGAAACCUGGUCCAUUCCCCUCCACAACAGCACCCACGAGCGCUCGCGUACGCUCCGCCUCAACUGCUCACGCUGCGCGCUGCGUUUGCGCACCGACGCGCGCGCCGCCGUCGCGUUCACGUACAGUUACACCGAGAACCCGGUAGAUGACACCACUGGGGUCAUAUAUGCGCUGGUGCUGCUGCUGGGGCUUUAUGUGCUAAUUAUUUUUGAGAUAAUAAACCGCACGAUGGCGGCCGUCCUCGUGUCGACCAUGUCGCUAGCAGUGUUGUCCAUGGUCGGACAGCGGCCCGCCGUCCCCGAGAUAGUGUCCUGGCUGGAUAUCGAGACGCUACUGCUGCUGUUCAGUAUGAUGCUGCUGGUAGCGAUCAUGGCUGAGACCGGCGUGUUUGACUUCCUCGCGGUUUUUACCUUCGAAGUGACAAAAGGGAAUCUCUGGCCGCUGAUAUACCUGCUGUGUGGGAUCACCGCUGUGGUGUCCACGUUUUUGGACAACGUCACUACAGUGCUGCUCAUGUCCCCGGUCACUAUCAGACUAUGUGAAGUAAUGGACCUGGAUCCGGUACCCAUUCUGAUGUUCAUGGCGAUAUACAGCAACAUCGGUGGAACGGCCACGCCUGUAGGCGACCCGCCGUGCGUCAUAGUGGCUUCCAACAAGCACGUCAUAGAAGCUGGUAUAAAUUUCACCAAUUUCACGGCGCACAUGGCUUUGGGCAUCUUGCUGGUGGCCGCACAGACGUCGCUGCAAGUCCGCUAUAUGUUUCGGGACACCAACAAACUUAGGCUGAACGUUCCAAGGGAAAUACAAGACCUCCGCCACCAAAUUUCAAUAUGGCGCCGCGCAGCCGAUUCCCUCCCUCAACUGAGCGGCAACGCGCAUGUGGUCCGCGCGCGCCUCGACAGGAAGAUCGAGAAACUUCGCUUGCAGUUGGAUUGUAUGGAAGAGAGUAGCAAGCGCGCGUGUCCGAGGCAUGAGUUCCAGAGUACGCUAAAGGAGUUGAAGAGAAAGUACAAGAUCCGCGACAAAGUCCUCCUGGUGAAGGCUUCCGUCGCCAUAUUCUUCGCUGUUGCCGUCUUCUUCCUCCACUCGAUUCCUGAACUAAAUCGCAUCUCUCUCGGCUGGACGGCGCUGCUGGCAGCCCUGCUGCUGCUACUGCUGGCUGACCGUGAGGACCUGGAGCCGGUGCUGAGGCGGGUGGAAUGGUCCACGCUUCUAUUCUUCGCUGCACUCUUCGUACUCAUGGAGGCCCUCUCCAAAUUGGGGCUAAUCCAGUACAUCGGAGGCCUGAUGGAGGUUCUGGUGCUGAGGGUGGACGAGAGUGCUCGGCUCGCAGUCGCCAUCUUGCUUAUCCUCUGGGUCGGCGGUGUGAUAUCUGCUUUCGUAGACAACCUCCCCAUGACGACGAUGAUGAUCAGAGUGGUGAUCUCCAUCGGUAGCAACCCCAACCUCAACCUGCCACUGGCCCCUCUCGUCUGGGCGCUGUUGUAUGGAGCCUGCUUAGGAGGUAACGGAACAUUGAUCGGCGCAAGCGCAAACGUGGUGUGCGCGGGAGUGGCGGAGCAACACGGCUACAAGUUCACCUUCCUGCAGUUCUUCAAGGUCGGCUUUCCCAUCAUGAUUGGGCAUAUGGCCGCUGCGUCGGUCUAUCUGUUACUCUGCCAUUGCGUGUUUACCUGGCAUUGAGAGCUCUAGAAGAUUUUAGCAAAAAAUCUGAAAUAUAUUCCAAUAAUGUCAGCUGAUCAAUUUGUGUAUAAGUCAUAAUCCCCGAUGUGUGUUGACAACCACGGUUGACAACAGUAUCUGGUAAAAGGUUAAAAGAACAUGGUUCAUGUGAGAAACUGUUCAAUUCUGGCGAAAAGGGUUCGGUUCGAAUCAUAGAUCAAUUAUAGGUACCCUACUUAAAUUAUAGUUUUCACAACUUGAUUUCUCAAUGCAUGUUUAAAAUACAGCCACCGAUAUAGUAUUUUAUGCAACAGGCGUUUAAAGGAGGUCAAAAAAGACGAGUGGCGUGGGUAACAAUUUGAGGCGAA